GAAACAGCUGUCUAAUGCAAAACAAACUGAAUUUGCUUAGAACGCGGCCACAAUUACACUAGAUAAGGUCGAUCGUUUUGGGGCCGUGUUGAGUGUUGAGUUUUGAACGCAUUUCGCAGCAUUUUGAAAAGGGGCAACACACACACACAAAUACAAUGGCAAUGGCAACGCAUUUGCUACGAAAUGGCAGCACAUUUUGGCUGCGUCGCUCAAGGCCAAGCGCUCUGGCGCGUUGCCUGCAUUUAACGACCUGCCUGGACAAAAAGGUGUCCUUCAAUCUGAGCGACAUUGGCGAGGGCAUUCGUGAGGUAACGGUCAAGGAAUGGUUCGUCAAAGUCGGCGACACCGUCGAACAAUUCGAUAAUCUCUGCGAGGUGCAAUCGGACAAGGCUUCGGUGACGAUCACCAGUCGCUAUGAUGGCAAGAUCACCCAGAUCUUUCAUAGCAUUGAUGAGCUGGCGUUGGUGGGAAAACCAUUGCUCGAAUUCGAAGUUGCCGAUGAGGAAGGCGAUGAUGAGGAUACUUCUUCCUCAUCAUCUUCUUCUUCGUCCAGCGAAAGCGAUGUGGAGUCGGUGAAGACAGCUGGUGGAGCAGCUAUUGAUAGCGUCACUGGUGGACGUCUUAUCACACCUGCCACGCCCGCUGUGCGUCGUCUGGCCAAGGAGCAUAAAUUGGAUUUGGCUCAGGUGCCGCCAACGGGCAAAAAUGGACGUGUCCUCAAGGGUGAUGUGCUGGAGUAUUUGGGUCAAGUGCCUGCCGGCACAAAUGUGCCACAUCCCAGCACCUUGGCCAAGUCGGCGACUCCAGCAGCAGCUGCUCCAGCUGCUCCUCUAGCUGCUCCUCCAAUCCCCAAGGCCGCUGAUCGCGUCGAGGCGCUCAAGGGUGUGAGGAAGUCAAUGCUCAAGUCGAUGACCGAGUCGCUGAAAAUUCCCCACUUUGCGUACAGCGAUGAGAUCGACAUGUCCAAUCUGAUGAAGUUCCGUGCCCAAUUGCAAUCUGCUGCCCAGGAACAGGGUGUUCCCAAGCUAACCUUUAUGCCGUUCUGCAUUAAGGCCGCCAGCAUAGCUUUGACCAAGUAUCCGAUUGUCAACAGCUCGUUGGAUUUGGCCAGUGAGUCGCUGAUCUACAAGGGAGCACACAACAUCAGUGUGGCGAUCGAUACACCUCAGGGUCUCGUAGUGCCAAACAUUAAGAACUGUCAGGCCAAGAAUAUCAUUCAAAUAGCCAAGGAUUUGAAUGCGCUCGUGGAACGUGGACGCACCGGCUCCUUGACGCCUUCGGAUUUCGCUGAUGGCACUUUCUCACUGUCCAACAUUGGUGUUGUGGGCGGAACUUACACGCAUCCUUGCAUCAUGGCGCCUCAGGUGGCGAUCGGGGCCAUGGGAAGGACCAAGGCCGUGCCACGUUUCAAUGAUCGGGACGAGGUGAUCAAGGCGUAUGUGAUGCAUGUCAGUUGGUCAGCUGAUCAUCGUGUCAUCGAUGGUGUAACCAUGGCCAGUUUCUCGAAUGUCUGGAAACAACAUUUGGAGCAACCGGCGCUUUUUAUGCUCCAUUGAGGCUAAAAUACCAAGUGGCCAAAUAUAGAUCAGUACGGUUAAGGCUGCUUCUCUUGCAUUUAUUUACAACAAGGAUUUUUCCACACUUCUAUUUUCACCCCUUUUUUCCCUUUUUCCCCCCUCUUUUAAAGUGGCCCGCCAUGUGACGCACUUUUCCCAAAACUCUCCCAGAAUGUGCAUUUAUAGCAGGUGCGGCUCUAGCUGGCGCCUUUCUAGCUUUAAGCUUAGCGCAUAUGGUUGGCCAACUUACCUCUCCAACCACCCUCCCCAAAAUUUAUUAGCAUUUUUGUUGCAUUUGUCAAUUGAAAUUUUUUAUCAAUUAUUAUUUUUUUUCGUGUAGUUUUUUAUGCUACUUACAGUUGAACUGUAUUUUGUAAUAUAUUUAAAUAAAAUAUACAUUUUAUGUAAUCUUGUUG